AUGAGUCCUAAAACCCUAGAGGAAGUGAAGCAAAUGAGCAACAUCCCAUAUGCCUCUGCAAUUGGGAGUCUAAUGUAUGCCAUGCUGUGCACGAGGCAUAAUAUCAGCUAUAAUGUGAGCAUCACAAGCAAAUAUCAAUCAAAUCCAGGAUCAAAACACUGGAUUGUUGUGAAGGCUGCGUUAAAGUAG